AUGGCUCCCAAAAAGAGAAAGGCUCAGGAUGCGGACCCAACGGUCGAAACAACGGAUCUUCAAAGAAGAUACGCAGCUGGGAAACAGCCGCGUACUGAGGAGCAACUGCCAUCUGUUGAUUACCAUGUUCCACUCGACCCCGAAAGUGAAUUGUUCACGGAGAACGACUGGUUUAUCCCUAAGUUCAAUCUGUUCAUCUCUUUCACCCUGGACAAUCUAGUGGAAAGCUACAGGAAUGUGUUCAAAGAUUUCAUUAAACUUCCUAGUAGAAAAUUCCACCCCGGUUACUUCUACAAAAUUGACCAGCCUAUAUCGAUAAAUGAAAUCAAGUCAAGAGAUUAUGAGUACUUGAACGGCCAUCGAACCUUUUUGCUUGACAUCGAGCUAAUAAGGAAAAAUUGCUACUCGUAUAACGAUUCCGAUAGCUUAAUAGUCAAAAACUCAAUGCAAGUUGUUAAUUAUGUCAAAUAUGAAGUUCUUAAGGCCAAAAACGUUACGAGAAAUUAUUUGAUUAAUGCUGAAGUUAAAAAAUUUCUACAGGAUACGCUAGCUAAAGUUUUUGACGCUACUGACAAAUCUGUUGCUGAGAUGAUGGGCAAGCCUUCCGAGGGUUUUGAUACCUCGCUACGCAUUUGUGAACCUUUCGUGGAACUAGUAUCAAAAGAUGAGCUGCCCGAAUAUUACGAGGUAAUACACAGACCUUCUGCUCUCAAGUUGGUGAGAAACAACCUUGAGAUGGAUUAUUAUUCUAAAAUUUACGAUUUUUACAUCGACAUGAUAUUGGUUUUUGAAAACGCUUUGGUGUUCAACGACCCUGAGACGCUAAUUUACCAGGAUGCCGAGAAACUUUUACGAUUCUUUCGAAAACUCAUGCAGGAACGCUUCUUUGUUAGCUUAAAGGAUGCCAGCGAGCGAGGAGAGGUGAAAUUAGAGUACGACAAAUUUGAAUAUAAGCAGUAUUUGGCCAAUGGCGGCGACGGUGAUGCCGCAGAAAUGGAGGACGAAGAUGUCGAGCUUGAAGAUUAUGAUUUUAAUCAUUAUGAAGGGCUUGGAAACGGUUACAACCGGACACUGUUUUCAGGAGACUACUUGUUAGGCCCCAGCAAGAUGAAACUGAACGAGAUGAACCCCAAAAGAAAUGUAAUGGAGGCCGCUGAGGAACUGCCAGAAGCGCCGAAAUACAAUAUCUUCAACUCUUUAGCAGAAGACGCAGAGAAAAAAAACGAAGAGGAAGUUGCACCAUAUACUUUUAUUCGCGAGAUUUCGGUAACUUCUUCGAAGUCCCAAUAUAAGCAGGACACGGCGCCUGUACAAGGAGCUUUGCCGCCUCUUAACCAGAAGUGGGUCGAAUAUGUUUUUAACGGUGAAUGCCUGACUAAGAAGAAUAACAUGUUUUCUUUGACGUUGCCCCCUAUCCAGACAUCGGCAAGCAUUACAGCGCAUUUGAACUAUUUGCCUGGAGCAAACUACAAUGCAUCUUUAACUGUGGACAAAGAAAAAACAAAUCCUGCCCCUAACGCGGUCGCUGAAGGUAAUGAAAGUCCCAUUAAAUUCGAGGUAAGGCUUUUGGAGGGAAACAAUAAUCUUGAGUUUACUUGUGAAGAUCAGGAUACAGGAAACACUGAAAGUUUCAAGCUGUGGAUUGUAGUUUUGCCUUGA